UGGAGAUGUUAGAAGUAAUUGCGGAAUAGUAAGUGGUCGUGCGGCUUACAUUCAGGAUCGUCGGAGCUACAUGUUGAACGAACGUGCAUCCUGAGAGAAGUUCUUCAUUCUUGACAGUAAUAUUCACCUUCUUGCUCUACGACCUCACUCAGAAAGGAAGGACUACUGCUGUUCGCCAAUGCAAUAAUUUUCAGCUGGCGCAACCACCAUACUGCGAAGUUCCUUUUGCUGUGUUUGGCAGUCACCAAGCUAACGGAGAGUUUCGUGGUUGUGCCCGAUGAAGACGCCAACAGAACUACUGUAUGCAGAGUUAAUAGCAAGCAAGGGCUACCCCGUGGAAGAGUACACCAUCACGACCGAGGAUCACUACGCCAUAACGGUGCAUAGGAUACCAGCAGGACGGGGAGGAGUUCAAGGAUGGUCAGGAACGCAAAAGACGGUGGCCUUUUUGAUGACCGGGCUCGAAGGAAGCAGCGCAGACUUUGUGGUGAACAUGCCACAUCAGAGUCUUGGUUUCAUCUUAGCCGACCAUGGCUACGACGUGUGGUUGGGUAACGUCAGGGGCACCAAGUAUUCAAACCACGCCUGGCUGAGAAAGGAAGGAAAAGCUUUUUGGGAUUUUAGUAUCGACGAAAUGGCCGCAUACGACCUACCAGCACAAUUAGACUGGGUACUUCAAAAGACGCAACAGUCUUCAUUGCAGUACGUAGGGUGGUCCCAGGGAUGCGGCAUCAUGUUUGCCUUGCUUGCGGAGAAGCCAAAAUACAACGACAAGAUUCAACUUUUCCAGGCUAUAGCACCUGCAGUUUUUUUGGGUCACAUGACGUCGCCUAUGAAACGUCUUUCUGCGCUUUCCAAACCGAUGUAUGAUAUCGGUGAGGUUAUAUUUCAUGGAACAAUACUGGGAAGACACAACGACUUCAUCGACAAAAUUAAGCAAAUGUCCUGCAACCCAGUUUUACCAAGCAUCUCCUGCCAGGUGGCUUUCUUCUUCGUCAACAGAGGAUUCCCUGUUGACAUAAACAUGACCAGGCUACCUGUGUACCUGGGCAAUAGCCCAUCUGGGACAUCCGUGCGCAAUAUCCUUCACUACAGUCAGUUAACAAAGUCGAAGAGAUUUCAAAAAUUUGACUGGGGACCAAAAAAGAACUGGAAAAUGUACGGAAAGCUACUACCACCGAAGUACGACCUGCGCAAAGUCAGAACGCCAGUAGCCAUCUACUGGGGCGAUGGAGACGUGCUCGUCACCCCACGUGACGUAGCCCGCCUCGCGAGGAGCCUGCCCCAUGUUGUACUCAGCUACAAGGUGCCCGUCCCCGGCUUCACACACUUUGACACUGUGUGGAGUGUCACCGCUUGGAAGCACCUUUACAAAAAAAUUUUAGAACUGAUGACAAAGUACUCUUCUUCUAUAUCAACUGUGCACGUCUCGCCCGAACAUUCAAACGAAUCGCAGCUAAUAGCCGGCAAAGGGUAUCCCGUGGAGGAGCACAAUGUCACGACCCGAGAUUCCUACGUCCUUAUGAUGCAAAGGAUACCCGCGGGACGUACUGAACGAAAUGUUCAGCUUGAUCGCAAGCCUGCCGUUAUCUUGAUGAGCGGCCUUGAAGGGAGCAGCGCGGACUUUGUGGUGAAUAUGCCUGAUCAGAGCCUUGGAUUCAUCCUAGCAGACAACGGCUACGAUGUCUGGUUAACCAACGUGAGAGGCACCAGAUAUUCCAGCCACCUUCACCUCAAGAAGAGCAGCCGGGAAUUUUGGGAUUUCAGCUUAGAUGAAAUGAUUAGCUACGACCUACCUGAUCAAAUAGACACCGUGUUGAACGUGACGCAGCAAGAAGCACUGUUCUACGUCGGGUAUUCUCAAGGAACAGCUAUCAUGUUCGGGCUGCUUGCGUCGAAACCAGAGUACAACAAGAAGAUUCUACUAUUCAACGCUUUCGCACCGAUAGCAUUUAUGGGACAUAUGACAGCGAUCCUGAAAUACUUUGUUCCGUUCUCGAAUCCGCUGGCGAAAUUCUUUCAAUUCCUAUUAAACGGGGCCGUUGUUGAGAAAGAAGGAGCCAUUUUUAAUAAAAUAAAAAAACUAUCUUGCGGCAGAAUUAAACAAAAUCCACUCUGCCUCACUGCAUUCUACAGCUUUAAUGGAGGGUUUCCGGUAGAGUGGAACAAGACGAGACUUCCGGUAUACCUGGCGAAUGCUCCUUCUGGAACUUCUGUACGGAACAUCCAUCAUUUUGCGCAGCUAGUCAAGUCCAACCGCUUGCAAAAAUAUGACUGGGGACAUGUCAGAAACAUCGAUAAGUACGGAAAGCCAUGGCCACCGGCAUACGACUUAAGCAAUGUCACAGCCAGAGUUGCACUCUACUGGAGUGACGGCGACGUGCUGGCAACACCAAGGGAUGUACAAGACAUUUCUAACAAGCUGCCCAAUGUGGUCCUCAAUUACAAAGUGCCCGUCAGUGGCUUCACGCACGUGGACUUUGGAUGGAGCGUCAAAGCAAAAGACCACCUCUACAAGAAAGUGCUGGAGAUGAUGUCAGCGUACUCUCUGACUCGACAAAAGGUGUCAUUGCCGAAGGGAGCACCAGAGCUCCCGCAGUAGGUCAUCGACGCUGCCAAACUGAUAUUGUAUUUCUGUUCUUUCUUUUCUUUUUUUUAAGUUGCUAUUUAUUACAAAAAAUAAUGCGCACUCCAUGUGGAAUGUUUAUCUGCGCGCAACCAGCAGCAAACUUACCCAGGCAAACAACCACCGCUGAGCCCGGUCAAGGCUCCAGUGACCUCUCGAGUCAGAAAAGCAAUGUCAGAAAUAAACACUGCCUACGGAAGAAAUCAGCUCGUUAGCCUGUCCGCAGAGCACCUUUGUACCGAUAGCUAAUAAAAUUAAUUGAUCUUCUUAA